AUGGCAAGUAAAGUCCAAGGAGCGCCGCAAGUCAAUGGCGUAGCGAAGAAGCCGGCGCCUCGUGCACCGGUAAGGAAGCCCGCAGCCGGAACAGUCGCGAAGCGAGCGGCCGGCACAGCACAGCAAAAAGCAGCGCCAGUGAUGAACAAGGCCGCAUCGGUCGCCGGCGGUGAGAAUCCCAUGGGCGGAGUCACGUCCGCCUACGCGAUCAUGGCGAACCGAAUCGCGAACAGAGUUGCGGAGAUGGCGGAGAGCAUCACGUUCGUGGAAAGACCGAAGGCAAAGGAGCCCGAAGUGCAAGAGCUUGACGAGAAGAAACGACCACGGAAGCUCGAGAUGCGUCUUAACGGUGGCGCCGCAGACUCCGUUGCCUUCUCUGCGCCUUUCCUCGACAACACGCUGCAGAAGAUGCUGCAACUGCAGAAUCGCAUGCUGAAGUCUUCUGCGGAGUUGAGCAAGGCGGAGGGUGUCGAUGAGCGUAUGAUUAAGGAACACGCGGCGCAGAGCGCGGAGUUGAGCAGGAUCAUCGCAUUGAUAUGUGCUGAGAAGGCGAGACAGGGUGCAUAA